GCAUGGGCAAGCCGCCAACGCUGACGAAAGCUGCUUAGCGCAACCAGUUGCCAUGGAUACAGUCAGGGGCAGCACCUUGUGUGUGUGAGAAAAAAAAGAGAGAGAGAGAGGGAGGGAAAACCAACAGGCAGCGUCAGACAGAACCAGUGAGGAAGAUAGAGAACACCAGGCUGCAGGACAGAGAGAGAGUGAGAGAGACAGAGGGAGACAGCCAGAGCAAAAGAGUGAUAGUGAUAGAGUGAUAGUGAUAGCUAGAAGAUGGAGGUUCAGUCAGAAUGCGUAGAGCCUCCUCCUCCUCCAUGCGAUCCCCAGCCGCCAGGGAAGAUCAACAAAGCAGCCUUCAAGCUGUUCGGAAAACGACGCUCCGGAAUGGCCGGAUUCUUCUCUUUCAGGAACAAAGGGGUCAACAGGAACGGGAAUUCUGUGAAUGUGAAUUCUGUGGGGGCGACUAACGAGCUCGUCAGGAGUAAAACGCAUGACGGACUAACGAGCUUGGAACCAGACGGACAGAGAGCGGAGGAGUCCGGAAUAUCAGAGGCGGGACAGGUGAGGUCUCUCAGCAAAUCACUGAGCUUCUUUUCGCUGCUCAGACGAGGAAGUAUGAGAGCCAAUGAGAAUACAGGGUUUGGGAGAAGGGGGAGGGGUUUAAAAGGCUUCUUCAGUAGUAUGAAAUGGCGGCGGAAGGAGAACGUGACGGAGGGAGAGGGGGAGGUAGCGGAGGUGAGAGAGGGGGAAGUGAUUCUAACAGAAGAAGUGAAAGACAUCACUCUGACCCUCGAACCCCAGCCCCGCCUGCCCCAGGAGGAUCAUGGUAGCUUGGAGGCUGAGCAAAACACAGAAUCGUCAGGAACCUCUCCCUCCAACAACGCKACGACACCACUCACGCACUCAAUCGCCUUGACGACAAACCUGUCAGAAUCCCUCUAUACGCCAUCCCCCUCCCCUCUGCGCACCUUCCUACACUCAAAACCCAAAACGUCAAUUUCCUCUGUAACGGCCAUCCCCCCUCUGGAUCAGUGUGACCCUCCCUCCGAACCCUCAGUGGACCGGCUCUGUUCAGUCCUCUUCACUGACGUCACUUCACUCAAGAGCUUCGAUUCACUGACGGGGUGCGGUGACAUCAUCGCAGACGCAGAGGAGGAGGGGGCAGGAAACGGUGGAGGAGGAGUAGGAAGUGCUACUAGCAGUAGCACUAGUAGUGGGGAAGGAGGAGGAGGAGUACGAAGCUCCAUUAAUACCCAUGUCACCCCUUCCACCCCUACCUCCACCUCCGCUACUGCCUCUGCCCCUGCCCCCCUCCAUGCCAGYGCACGGCUGAUGCCCUCUCACUCUGCCCCAACUCAGCAGCCCUCUGGCAGCGGCGUGGUGGCCUACAUGGGGGGUGGGGAGGAGAUGGCCAGCCCUGACGGGGUGGACGACGCAGACAUGCAGGGGCUCUGGCACAUGCUCCCCUCUGGGGGAGAAAACUCCCCCACCUUCCUCCGAUCCAACUCUCACCUGGCUCCCCCCAGGGGUACAGAGCGGAAACUCACCCAGGUCAAGUCUCUGGGACUCAGCAAGAUCCCUGUAGUGGGGGGAGGAGGGGGAGGAAGGGUGACUAAACUCCCCAUUCACGCUGCUUGCCAAACCUCCUCGCCCAAUGAGAUGGAGACUAAGGAGGAAGUCCCGCCCCAACAGGAUGUCCCGGCUCUUAGGGAUGAGGGCUACUGGGAUACGCCCUCUGCAACCCCCACGGCAACGCCUGACAACGGCUUCCUGCGGAACCAAAGGCUUGGCCUAUUGUGUGACAGUUGCUCUGGCGAUGCGCUCUACGACCUCUACAARGAGGAAUUGGAAAGAUCUGAUGACGAGGAAGAGGAAGAAGAUCUGAUGAGUACACCUUCCACCUCUGCAUGUGAGUACAAACUCAGCCCUCUGGCCCGGACUACUCCUCCUUUCUCCUCCUCCUCUUCCUCUUUCCACUCGAUGAAGGGAAGCACUAGCCUUCCCCGCGAGUCCAAAAUCCCUCUUAGUGUCAGACAGAUCACACCCCCUCACUCUGUGAGCCAAUCAGCUCUUUCCUCUGUCCACGCAACCGCUCCUCCCUCUGACACACCCACCCAUGCCCCUCCCCCAGCCCGGACCAGAAUCCCUGUCUCCAAGGUGCCAGUCCGUCGCCCUGGGAACAAGGCCGGCAACGCUACACAAGGGCCAGCCCCCAGGAAGUAGCUUUGGACCAGGCAGCCAUGAACUUUGGUGUCUUUGGACUAAACCUGUGUACACCAUCACUGGUCUUAUGUGUAAGACAUUGCUGGACUGGUGGGUUGUGGAAGGCAUCAGACAAUGAUAGACACUGGAAAUAAAGUGAGAAGAGCUCUAAGCAACACUCCCUUUGGAUCCUAGUGGGUCACAAGAAAACUAAAUAAACUUUGGGUGGCAAAAAAAGUUUGACAUAUUGUAACCACUGAACAUAAGUGCUCAACAUCACCGGACGUGUGUGUUCAACAUCACCGGACGUGUGUGUUCAACAUCACCGGACGUGUGUGUUCAACAUCACCGGACGUGUGUGUUCAACACUCACUGGAGUUAUGUGUAUGGGACAAGAAACUUGGCAACUCUUCAAGUGGGGGAAGGGAGCGCACCGAAAAGUUUGGGAUCACAAUUUUAGACACACUCUUAUCGCUUCCUGACCAGAUAUGCAAACUUUGGUCAUAUAAAUCAACUGCACUACACACCCGCUAGGAAGGACCAGGGCACCUUUCACACCGCUAGGAAGGACCAGGGCACCUUUCAUACCGCUAGGAAGGACCAGAGCACCUUUCACACCGCUAGGAAGGACCAGGGCACCUUUCACACCGCUAGGAAGGACCAGAGCACCUUUCACACUGCUAGGAAGGACAGAGCACC